AGCGAAUGCGCUCUCUCCUCCUCAUCCGUCACUCUCUGCGUCAUUAUUCAACAAUGGCCUCUCCCAAAUUCUAUGCCCUUUUCGUAAUCCUUCUCUCUUUGUUAUCGCGUCACUCUGCCUCCUCCUCCUCCUCCUCCUGCUUCCUCGGAAUGAACUACGGCCGGAUCGCCGACAACCUUCCGCCUCCGUCCAAGGUGGUUGAGCUGCUCAAGAGUCAGGGGAUCCGCCGAGUCAAACUCUACGACACUGACUCCGAGGUUCUCGCCGCUCUUUCCGGAUCUGGCAUAACCACCACCGUCGCGCUUCCCAACGACCAGCUGUCCUCCGCCGCCGCCGCCGACCGGACCUUCACCGACUCCUGGGUGCGGUCCAACGUCGUGCCGUACAAGUCCAUCAUCGAGGCCGUCGCCGUCGGCAACGAGGUGUUCGUCGACCCGGCGAACACAACCUCGUACCUCGUCCCGGCGAUGCGGAACGUCUACGCCUCGCUGGCGAAAUACGGCGUCGCUUCGUCCGUGAAGGUCUCGUCGCCCAUCGCCCUCAGCGCCCUGGCGACGUCGUACCCGCCCUCGUCCGGUUCGUUCAAACCGGGUCUGGUCGAACCGGUGAUGAAACCGAUGCUGGGUUUCUUGAAGCAGACCGGGUCGUACCUGAUGGUGAACGCCUACCCGUUCUUCGCCUACGAGGCCAACACGGACACCAUAUCUCUGGACUACGCGCUGUUCCGAGACAACCAGGGCGUGGUGGACCCCUCCAACGGCAUUGUCUACAAAAGCCUGUUGGACGCCCAGCUGGACGCCGUCUACUCCGCCGCGAGCGCCGCCGGGUUCGGGGACGUGAAGCUGGUGGUUUCGGAAACCGGGUGGCCGUCGAAGGGGGACGAGGGCGAGACCGGCGCGAGUGCGGCCAACGCGCAGGCGUACAACGGGAAUCUGGUGAGGCGAGUGCUGACGUGCCGUGGGACCCCCUUGAGGCCCGACAUGCCCCUCAACGUCUACCUGUUCGCACUGUUCAACGAGGACCAGAAGCCGGGACCCACAUCCGAGAGGAACUACGGGCUCUUCUACCCGAACGAGGAUAAGGUGUAUAGCAUCCCGUUGGGCCUGGAGAGCGGGCCCGUUAACAACGGAAGCAAAGUCCAGGUAGUGCCGCCGGCGGCGGCGGGGCAGACGUGGUGCGUGGCACGCGCCGACGUCGGGAGGGAGAGGCUGCAGGCGGCGCUGGACUACGCCUGCGGAGAGGGAGGGGCGGAUUGCACGGAGAUCCAGCCGGAGGCCGCCUGCUACUAUCCCAAUACGAUCGACGCCCAUGCUUCUUACGCAUUCAACAGCUACUAUCAGAAGAACUCACGCGCUUCCGGCACGUGUCACUUUGACGGUGCCGCCUAUGUCGUCACCCAGACUCCCAAAUUUGGAAGUUGCGCGUACCCAACAGGGAAUUGAUUUGAAGAAGGAAAGAAUGGGAGCAGAAUUGAAUCAGAGAUGAAAAAUAGUUAAUUAGAUUUUGGGGCAAUCUUUUAUUCUUAGUUCUAUUGGGGAAUGAUAUUUAUUUUAUAUUCCUAGUUAAUAAUGUAUUCAUUGUAAU